AUUUUGUAGCAUUAAAUCCAUGAGCGACGUCUACUCAGCAUUACCAGCCAAGAGGCGGCAAGAUGUCUACGGCUUUCAGAAGACCUACCUGAACGCACAGUUCGCAGACUCAGGCUCCGCCUGCGAGGAUGGAACCAACGGGACCAGAGAUUGGCUGCAAAAAAACAUCGGCAGUUUCUGUUCGGUGGCUAAAUUAAGUGAACUUCAGACCUUUUACCCAGACAUUGAUGGAAUUGACGUCAUUGCUACUGCACAUCUCGAUGAUGUGGCAGAGUUUUUGACCAAACCAGAGGUCAUCGCUAACAACACCACGGUGGAGAAGAUUGUCCAGUUAAUUCCGCUUGAAGACAUUGCUCAUUUCCUGAAUGCUGCCAUGUCUGCUGUUCGAAAGGCCAAUCUGACAGACCCCCAGCUUACAGCACUGAGUCACAUGCUCCUGACAGCUGUUUGGGACAAAGUUAGUUCUGGCUUCUCUAACUUCAUGCCCCUGGAGUGGAGAUAUUUGUUUCAGGAUUUACACUUCCUCCUUCCCAGCAUCAAUGCGACUCAUCUUCAGCUCAUCCCAACCAAUAUUAGCUGCUCCUCCUACCAGGAAAUAGUGAAGGCCUUAAAUAUCCACUACCAGGAUUACACGGUAGAGACGCAACAAGGCAUUUACACCGUUCUCAAGAACUAUCUCCUUCAGCCAGGUGUCAAGCCCAAGUGCUAUAACCAAAGCGACGGGGAGCAAAACUCAACGGCGUGGUUUCUAAACUACCUGGGGAAGUACCUGUCGUACUGCAAUGUGGAGGAUCUCAGAACAUGA